AUGCCUAUCGUUAUUGCCGCCGCAGGGAAGCAACGUCGCCGAGUCCGUUUCGCCAGCCAAACAACAGCCACCACCGCCAGCGCCAGAGACGCCCGGAGCAAAAGCUCCCCGUCUAAUUUGUCGUCGACUGGGAGCCGCCAGUCGACCCCCCGCGACCAGACAUCGCUGAAACCGCGCAACACCAUGUGUGAACCCCAGGCCCAUCCCGGAGUGCCCUCCCUGUUCCAGGAGUCCCCUGUGCUCCUCGACGCCCUGACUACGGAGACCUCCGAGCUGCAGCUGGAGACCGUCAACAAAUGCCUGCCCUUUUUGGGAGGCCUGCACAGCAGCCAACCAGGCCCCUUCAACCGCUUCGGAGUGCCGUCGCUGCGCCAGCAUGAGCACAUCGGCUACUUAUAUGAAUCCCUGGAAGAGUAUCCCGCGGGCUUCGCGGGCAUGGAUGCUAGCCGCCCCUGGAUGGUCUACUGGGCCCUGGCCGGUUUGAGCUUACUCGGCGAAGAUGUCACCAGGUUUCGUGAACGUGUCAUUGCCACAUUCGUACCUAUGCAAAACCCGACAGGGGGAUUUGGAGGAGGGCAUGGGCAAUUGUCCCACUGUGCGUCCGGCUAUGCUGCGGUGCUCUCCCUGGCCAUGGUUGGGGGCGAGGAGGCGCUCAAGCUGAUCGAUCGGGAAAAGAUGUGGAGAUGGCUGGGGAGAUUGAAGCAGCCCGAUGGUGGCAUUAGGGUGUGCGAGGGUGGAGAAGAGGACGUGCGAGGCGCGUAUUGCGCGAUGGUCAUCAUCUCGCUGCUGGAUUUGCCACUGACGCUGCCCCCCGAGGCCGAGGCCCGGCAAUACGGGCUGGAGACGUUCGCCAGUGGCCUCUCCGACUAUCUGGCCAGAUGCCAAACAUUCGAGGGGGGUAUCUCCGGAAGUCCCGGGUCUGAGGCACAUGGGGCCUACGCAUUCUGCGCGCUCGCAUGCCUCUGCAUCCUGGGCCAACCAGACGAGACGGUGUCGAGGUGCAUGGAUGUGCCUCUCCUCCUGUCUUGGCUCUCUGCUCGACAGUACGCCCCCGAGGGAGGCUUCUCCGGCAGGACCAAUAAGCUGGUGGACGGGUGCUACAGCCACUGGGUCGGAAGCUGCUGGCCAUUGCUCCAGUCCGCACUGGACGGGGUCCAGUCAGAUGCAGGCCCGCGACGGGCUGCUGCGGGUAGUCUCUACAGCCGUGAAGGACUGACCAGAUAUAUCCUUGCCUGCUGUCAGUCCAAGCUCGGGGGCCUCCGUGAUAAGCCCGGGAAGCACCCGGACUCGUACCACACCUGCUACACCCUGACGGGUCUGAGCUCGGUUCAAUAUCACCACUACCACACGACGUCUAGCGUGAGCCCCAAGGGCGUCUCGGCCUUUUCGUGGAAGUACACCCCGAUCAAGACGUCGGACGCGUCCGCCGAGCAGAAUGUCUUCGAUGAGAAGGAUCGCUUGACGCCCUUCCACCCCCUCUACGUGAUUCCCCAUGCCGCGGCGGAGAACAUGCGUCUGUGGUGUGAACAGCACCCGGUCGAAAUCUAA